AUGAAGUUUGGCUCUUCUUGGCUUUGGAUGUGCAAUUAUGAUCAUUCUCCCAAAGGAAGGAUUUGGCUUGGUUGGAAUGCAGAUAGAGUAAAUGUUAAUGUCUUGAAGAUUCAUGAACAGUUCAUUCAUUGUACUGUAUCUUCUAAGGAUCUCUCUACUCAAAUUCAUCUCACUAUUGUCAAUGGGCUUCACUCCAUUCAUGAUAGGCUUCCUAUGUGGGAAGGAAUUAGGAGCAUCUCUAUUCAGCAUUCUUCUUGGCUUUGUGCUGGUGACAGUUUGGUUGAUGAUUUGGACCUCACUGAGGUCAAGAGCAAAGGAGCCUUCUACUCUUGGUCAAAUAAGGCUCACACUAGUCCUAAAACUCUUUCUAGGAUUGAUAGAGUCUUUGGUAACCAAGCUUGGCUGGCCUCUCAUGGGCAUGUUGAGACUGUCUAUCUCCCCCCCUCUUUAUCUGAUCACAGUCCGGUUCUGUUAGAUGUUUGUUCUGCCCCUGCUUGGAGAGGUAGACCUUUCAGGUUUCUAAACUGUAUUGCUGAUCAUCCUGAUUUCCUUGAUACUGUUUCUCAGGCUUGGGGUUUUGGUAGUUCUGUUUGGCAGAAGCUUAAUUCUGUGAAGUCUAGUAUCAAGUCUCUUAAUAGCAAGCAGUUUGGCAACAUUGAGGAGAAGAUUGAUCAAGCUAAUGUUGAGCUUGCUGGAAUUCAGAACUUAAUGGCUCAGAAUCCUGAUGAUUUGGAUUUAUAUGCUAAGGAAUCUGAUGCUAUUAAGAAUAGACAAGCAAGGAAUAGAAUUGACUCCAUCUUUUACUCUAACCAGGUUUUGCUUAAGGAUCCGGAUGCUAUUUCUCAUGAAAUUAUCUCCUUCUAUAAGUCUCUUUUAGGGACUCAGGCUCCUUGGCUUCCUGCUGUUGACCUUGUUACUAUUAGGAGGGGUAAACAGCUUAGCUCUGUUGCUCAGAGUUAUCUUAUUCAGCUUGUUUCUCAUGCUGAACUUAAUGCUGCCCUUAAGGGAAUUGAUAACACUAAAGCUCCUAGUAUUGAUGGCUUUAACUCCUUUUUCUUUAAGAGAACUUGGCAUAUUGUGAGAGAUGAUAUUUAUGCUUGUUUUAUUGAUUUCUUCACUAAAGGGACCAUGCCUAAGCAAUGGAAUUGCACAACUAUCACUCUUGUUCCUAAAAUCCCUAGUGCUUCCCAUCUCAUUUCUAAGGUCAUAACUACUAGACUUGCUGCUAUCAUUGGUGAGGUGAUUGAUGAUGUUCAGACAGAGUUGAGAGAGCUUCUUGGUGUUUCUCAAGGUACUAUUCCUUUUAGGCCUUUGGUGGAGAAGGUAACUGCUAGAAUCCAAGGGUGUAUGGCUAAACACUUGUCCUAUGCUGGGAGGCUUCAGUUGGUGAAGAGUGUGAUGUUUGGUAUUCAAACAUUUUGGGCUCAAAUUUUUAUCUUGCUAAAGAAAAUUCUGAAAGAGAUCGAGGCUAGAUUCAGGUGCUUUCUUUGGACUGGAUCCUCUGCCCCUGCUAAGAAAUCUUUGGUUGCUUGGAAUUAUGUUUGUCUCCCUAAAGUCUGUGGUGGCUGGAACUUGCUUUCUCUUCCUGAGUGGAAUAAAGCAGCUGUCACUAAGUUACUUUGGGAUAUUGCUCACAAGCCUGAUAAUAUUUGGGUUAAAUGGGUCCAUAUCUAUUAUUUCAAGCAUAAAGAUCGUUGCACCACUCCUACCCCUGCUAAAUGCUAUUAG